AAAUAGGUUUUCCGUUUCGGCCGCAAAAUUCGUAACGUGAACGCGUUGCUGGAAGUGCGGUAAACCAAACAAACGGAGAACGCAAUAAACACAGGGAAUUUUCUAAAUUUAUAUGGGUUCAGUUUAAAUAUUUGAGAGACGAUGCGCAAACACAUCGCGGAUUUUCUGGAAGGGAAAAUCGAACUGUCGCGCCCAUAUCAGUCGCUCAACAACAUGCUUAAGUCGUGCUUGAUCUUGGUGGCGUCGCUCUCCGUGUGCCUCGCGGCAAAGGAUUGCUUCUACUGCGAAUCUGCUUCAAGUCGCGACUGCAAAUUGGAAUCGCUGAACUGCUCCAGCCUCCAGUACGUCACCAAAGGAAGUCAUUCGUUUGUUGAUUUCAAGUGCGUCACAGUGGAUGUAACGUAUGCCGGUGCCAAAUCGCACAUAAGAACCUGCGUCGGAUUGUCUUCCAAGAGCGAGUUGGCUUGCAGCAACGUGAAAAAUGGUUUAUCCGAUGGACAACGUUUGGAGAAUUGUCACGAGUGCAGCUCCGAUCUGUGCAACGCCUCCUCACCCAAAUUCGCUUCAUCCAUCGUUCUAUUCACUAUUUUGAGCUUGACGUUAACACUCUUGUAAAGAAUUCUCGCUGUGUUAUGAUGAUACGUCCAUAAUUAUCUAAAACAAUAAAUUUAUAUUCACGUUAUAAAAC